CAUUACUACUAAUUUUUGCUAAUUUUGUGGGUGAGCUUUGUGGAUUAUUUCUCUGUGAAUGAUGUUUAAUUAUGUUUUUUUUUUUAAUAUAUAUUAUGAAGUUUUGGGAACUAUUACUUUAUCUGAAUGAAAAAAGUUGAAGUUUUUUAAUCGUGUUUGUUCUGAUGAAUUUGAAGAGAGUUUGGUGUAACUUGUAAGAAGAUCAGAAUAUCAUUACUUGUAUAUUUUAAUUGUAUCAAGUUAAUUGACUUCUUUCUUUGAAGAAGAAGUCUGAACAAUUUUAUUCAUCUAGUUAGUUUCUUCUGCAUUGACUAACUUUUUGAGUCAGCAAUUUCUAGUUAGUUGAAAAUUCAUGCAAGUUUGGCCAGUUCCUCCUUUGUCAGUAGUUAAGGAAAAUGAAAGUCAGUUGGAAUUCUGUCGGUGAAGAUUGAUUGAUCAGAAAGCAAUGAGAUUUGAUUGCUUUAUGAGUUAAGGAAUUCAGUAUUUCGCUUCUCGACGAUUGCAAGGAGAGAGGGUACUAGUUCGUGGAGGUAGUGAACUUCUACGGACUGAGCCUCCUCUCUCGUUCGCUGCUGCCAGUUUCAUUCCUAAACUGCUACAGGAGGUUAAAAUCCUUCUGAGAUAUGCAUGUAGGUAGCAGUUUUGAUAAUUGUCAAUGAAGUUGUGGGGUUAGUGCUGCAACUUUUGGGUGUAUGAGUGAGACGUCGGCUGCAAUCAUGGGUGCUAUCUGUUCUUGCUUGCGCGUGGAGGAUAUAGAAGAUUAUGUGAACAGAAACAGUUCCAUUUAUAGGAACUGUAUUUGUCUCAGUUGUUUCCUCCAGAAUUUCUUUCAUAUGUAUUCUUCAUUAUUUCGAAGGGGGGAAGUUCAAUCCUUACCUUCAUCCAUCCAAGGGGCAUCUUUGACUUCUGUGGUGUCAACAGACAACUCUCUUGCUGAUAUGUACCGGUCUCCUCCAAGGCCAUUGCCUUAUGAUGCAGAUCCUAGAUAUUUUCGCAUGCAACGGGAUGGACUGUUUUCAAGACGUGAAAAGGGGUGUAGUCAUUCACAUGAUGAAUCAGAACCUUUGAGGAGAAGUGAUAUUGAUGGUGAUUCUGACCCUUUAAGUACAGGGGACAAAUGGGAUGAGUCAACUUGUGAAGAUGGCGCAAAAGAGUGUCGUAAAUCAUCUGUAAAGCUUUCAUCAGCUAAAUCAACAGCAGUAAUGGGAUACUUUUAUUCCUCGUCUGAGGAUGAAGAUGUUUGUCCAACUUGUCUUGAAGAAUACACUGAAGAGAAUCCAAAGAUAGUGACUAAAUGCUCUCAUCAUUUUCAUCUGGGUUGCAUUUAUGAGUGGAUGGAACGAAGUGAGAACUGCCCAGUCUGUGGCAAGGUGAUGGCGUUUGACGAAUCUCCUUGACUUAGACCUGUCUCAUGCAAAGGAGCAUAUGAAGGCAGAAAUAUAGAGGAAGAAAAACACUAAACACCUAAUGGUUUGGUGGAGAAUAAAGGGGUGCAAUAUCAUAUAAACCUUCAUCUAUGGUUCCCAACUAAGGGAAAACAUUUCUUUACAGCAGGGUGUUAUUGUCUUUCACCCGCUUGUUCUCUGCCAAGCCGUUUGGUGUUUUCUCAAACUCAUAGAGGAAAGCCUAAAAACUGUAUAGUCGUUGUGAAUAUUGCAGGAUUGAGUUGUUUGUAUCACCUCGCCUGUCAAGUACAUAAAAGACCCAAAAAGGUCCUGCAUAGUAGUAACAACAGGUACAUUAUCAAAGAGUAUCUUGCCUUUCUUCUUUUGGCUUGUUUGAUACUCAAUUCUGGGUAUAAUUAUAUAUCAUCUUAGAGAAAUGAAAGCUAUGGUUGGGGGAUCUUAUGAACUGAAUAUAUUGGCUAGUUGCUUGUAAAUUUUUCCACUUUUGGUUAUGCAUUAUCGUUCAGAACUCAAUGUAUAUGACUUUGAGCCACUGAUUUUAUGCACUCGAUCACCACU